AUGAGGUUCACUCAAUCAGUUACUCUGGCGUUGCCAGCCCUCGCUGCCGCAUACCCCGGCAUGAUGGGCGCGAACUCCCGCCCAGAGAUGGAGGAGUUCCUGCGCGGGGAGAUCAAGCGUGAACAACUUGCGAACCGCGCCGCUGAACCUCAGCUGCUCAACCCAGUCGGAAAUCUGUUGGGCUCGCUUGGCGGCGUUGUUGAUGGGCUCCUGUCCUCAGUCGGACAGGCCAUCGUCAAGAAGAGCAACCUGCGUCCUGAGCCUGGCUACGAGUUCAAGGCGCCUGGUCCCAACGACUCUCGUGGCCCCUGCCCAGGUCUGAACUUGCUCGCCAAUCAUGGUUAUCUCCCCCGCAACGGUUACGUCACCUACGGACAGGUUUUGGAGGCCACUGGGCGUGGAUUCAACAUGGGUGUAGAACUUGCCACAGUUCUAGCCACAUUCGCUGUCUUGGGCAGUGGAGAUUUGGAUGGCUUGUCCUUCUAUCUCGGCUCAGGAAAGAACGGAAUCGGUGGUCUCAACAGGCACUCUGUUGUCGAAGCUGAUGUUUCACCCAACCGCGAAGAUUACUACAUGGGAUGUGGUGACAACCAUCAUCUCUCUUCCCGUCUGGUGAAGCAGAUGGUUGGGUAUGCUGCCCAAGACCCCAAGAAGGAGUUCUCCAUGGAUGUCAUGGCCAAGCACUACGCUAAAUCGGCUGGUUUCUCCAAGGACAACAACCCCUUCCUCUACUACUUCCCUUUCCCCCAGAUCGUCUCAGUCGCCGCUUUCUCCUUCUACCCCCAGUUCUUCUCCAACGGUACCUACGGUGCGGGUGGUGUGCCCAACUACAAGAGCAUUAUGAGCAUCAUCGGUGCCGAGUAUGAUGAGAAGACCCAGGAGUUCAAGUACGUCCCCGAGCGCUGGCCCGAGAACUGGUACCGCCGUGACACCCAGUACGGCGCGGUCCAGGCCCUCUCCGACGGCUUCCUCCAGAUCUACCCCCGCAACAUCAUCGUUCCUGGCGUCGCUCAGGUCGGUACUGGCAAGUUGACUGUCCAGACCGUACUCUGCGAUGUCUACCAGGGUCUCAACUCUAUCACUCCGCUUGCGCUUGGCGGUACCGAGGAGAAUGUCGCCAAGGGUGUCUCGUGGGCUCUUUCAGUCCUCGACCCCAUUCUCAGCAAGACUGCGCUCGGAUGCCCCGACAACGUCAUCUCGCCCAACUUCCUCUUCCCCCACUCCCAGCAGGAAGGUGGCCCUGUCAACCCCCCGAAGGUCCCGUCCGAUGCUUGGACUGGCGACAACGUCUACAACAAGGUGUACUUUGGUGGAAAGAAUGCUCCCACCAACCCCACGUGCAGCCACUCUAGUUAG